AUGUCGGCAACAAAGAUCAAGGUCAUUGCCAACCCUCACUACAAGAAGUCAGGUACAAAGUCGUACGUGCACCUGAUGCGCAAGUAUCGCUUCAACCCGACUCAACCUGGCCCAUACUUCCUCGGCAAUGCUAUGCAGCAGACAGGCCGGCAGUACACCGAUAAGGCUAUCGGUGGACGCGUGCAUAUGCGUCAGGUGCUGCAGAAGAAGAGCGCCGAUACCGACCAGGUAGGCGAGGUGGGCGCCGAGGACGUGCAGAAUGAUUCGAUGUAUCUUGCCCAAGUGGGUAUUGGUAGCCCGGCCCAGAACCUGAAUUUGGACUUUGAUACGGGAUCUGCCGAUCUAUGGGUUUGGUCGACUAACUUGCCGUCGGCAACCCUGUCCAAAUACACCGACCAUACUGUCUUUGACUCCAGCAAAUCGAGCACUUUUAAGACCCAGACAGGCUCGACCUGGAAGAUCUCUUACGGAGAUGGAUCUUCUGCCUCUGGUACUGUUGGUACCGACGAUGUGAAUAUCGGUGGUGUGGUUGUGAAAAACCAGGCUAUCGAGCUAGCAGACACCAUGUCGGCCCAAUUUGCAAGCGGGGCUGGUGAUGGUCUGCUGGGUCUCGCAUUCUCCAACAUUAAUACCGUGCAGCCAAAGUCUGUAGCCACUCCCGUGGAGAAUAUGAUCACCCAGUCCGACAUCCCGUCAUCUGCUGAGCUGUUCACAGCUAAGCUGGGAUCAUGGCGUGAUGCCGAUGAGCCCGAUAAGGGCGAAUCGUUCUAUACAUUUGGCUACAUUGACCAGGCUACCGUGACUGCUGCUGGUGCAGAUAUCACCUAUACGCCUGUUGAUAAGAGCCAGGGAUUCUGGCUGUUUGAUUCCACUUCUGCGACCGUGAAUGGAAAGACCAUCACUCGGUCUGGAAACACUGCCAUUGCUGACACUGGUACUACUUUGGCUCUUGUGGAUGAUGCUACCUGCAAGGCCAUCUAUGAUGCUAUUGAAGGAGCUAAAUAUGAUAGUGAAAGCCAGGGAUACAUUUAUCCUUCCGAUACUACCGUUGAUAAUCUGCCUGUUGUGUCGUUUGCUGUUGGCGACAAGCAAUUUGCUGUGCAGAAGGAGGAUUUGGGUUUCGUGGAGGCAAAGUCCGGAUGGAUCUAUGGUGGUAUCCAGAGCCGUGGCUCGAUGGAUAUGGACAUUCUGGGCGAUACCUUCUUGAAGGGAAUUUACGCCGUUUUUGAUGUCGGCAACACUCGAUUCGGCGCGGUCCAGCGAAAGGAACUUAACCAGAACCUUGCUACUCCUUCGGAGUAA